AUGAGCCAGCUGUAUAAGGAGCUGGGGAUGAGACUUACAGGCAGAGGGCACAGCAUGUGCAAAAGCACUGAGAUUGACAUGUUCAUGGAACUGAAAGGAGGUGGAGCGGCUGGAGAAUAUUUAAUUAUAUUUUUCAGACAAUGUAAAAUAGAAGAUGCGACUAUUGUCCACAUUACUGAACAAAAAGAAGAAAUCAAACAUGAAAAAGAACCUGGAAAAAUCUUACAGCGUUCAAAACCAUGCGUCAAGAGGGGACGUAUAUAUUAUGCUAAAUUCAUUCACACAAAUGCAAGAACAUGCAAUGAGCCAGUUCCCUACAUAGAUCCCAAAAGAGGGCCAGAAAAGCAGGGUGACUGGUGGUCACAUGGUAAAGUACUGGAACAUUCCUUUCAACCACCGUAUGACACCAAGAGCACACAGAGGAGUGACUUCCAAAAACCAACAUGCCCCUUGGUUUUGCCAGUGAAACACAGCAGGAUGCAAAAGCCUUCUUCUGGAAUAGUUCCACUUGCCUCUCCUGAUGCAUCAGCAGAACCUCAAAGCAAUUUUAUAGAACGCAUCUCUUUUAUACAUCAAUACGAUGCCAGGAAAACUCCCAGCGAACCCCUCCGGGGAAAGCGACAUGGAGCUUUUGUACAGACACAGAUAAAACCAGGGAGUAGGCCAACAGUGCCUAAGGGAACAGAGGUAGUACUAAAAGCUCCUGGGUCACGCUCGUCAGAACAGUCCAGAAAAACAGAGAAAGGAAACUCAGCGGAAAGCAGGAUGGUCUCACCAGGUCUCUGCCCACAAAACUCACAAGAGCCGUUAGAGUCUACAGCUUACUUACCAGAAACAGACGCCAGAGAGGCAGCCAGGGCACGCCCCAGAAGUCCGGAGAGAGAGGAGGUCGCAGGCGUCUUCCAGACAACGGCAGUGGGUGUCCUUCUCAGUGGACAGGAGCCUUUAAACCCACCAAUGAAGAAUCAGGAUAAGUCAGGAUAAAUUACCUUCUUCAGAUAAAAACAGAGUCCCUGGAACAUAGAGAUAUCUCAGAAUCUCCACACAGAGCGCUGGGUUUGCUUUUUUAUUGAUAAUCUCAGAACAUACCAUUACGAAAACUGAAAAAAAGACAAUUAAAAUACACCAAAAUAUUAACAGCGGUCUCCAGUGAGUGAUGGAUUAUCAGGGAUUAUUUCUAUGUCAUAAUAUUUAUAAACAAAGCUGCUUUCUUCUGAAGAAUAAUGAACAAAAUAAAUAUCGUAAAACUUUUAGAG